AUGUAUUUGCUGGUUGAGCCUAUUGCACCGCUUCCUGACCCUCCUUCAAGAAGCACUCUUGAAUACAGCAUCAAAGAACCCGCCAAACCAUCCCCUUACAAGCUGUCUCCUGGCGAAGAGGAUUUUGCCCUAGUCUUCAGCACUGGUGAUACUCCACCCCUCUCGGAAGCUGAAACUGAGGAAGAUAUCAAAAAAGCCUACUUUGCACGUCUGGAGCAGGAAAUCAAAAAGUUUGGACGCGACCUUAAUCCCAAGGCGUGGAUGGUUCAUGUGCCCGCCAUGACGGAGAUACUCGUGAAGGGUGCUACCCCUGGCACAUUCAAGCAUUUCCUCAUGUUGCUCCUAGAGCCAGACGAAACCUUCGCAAAAGCCCAGCAUAGUGUCCAAACUUGGCUCAAUGAGAGAUAUCCUGGUCGUGUUGUCGACGAUAUCCCCAAGCGUGGACCCUACGCGUUGUGGGCCACAGAUAAACAACUGUUGCUGGGUGAGAUUGAGCUUCUUCGUGAUUUUAGGGCGACUAUGAUGAGCAUGAGAAUGGCUAGGAUGGACGUAUGCAAGGAAUCACUCUCCAUGAUGCCUCCGCCUAAAAUCCCGAAAUCCAAUGACCCAACAACCUUCCCUGCCGCCCAACGACAGUUGCACAAAUAUAGGAAUGACGAUUCCCAGCAGAUUGGCAUAGAACAUAUCGGCGAAGCAAAGCCACCACCGCUUUCGGCAUCAGUCCUCGUCGGAUUUGCUUCAAGUACAGCCUUGAGGCCGCCAAAUGUACAGGAACUAUGGGACGAUGUGAUCGAAACGAUGAUGAAUAUCGCCCGGUGGCUAGCCAAGGCUCGCUGCACUGAAUCAGUCGACCUCUUCUGCGACGUUGCCAGGAUGUUCUCCCCCCGCGACCCUCCAGCAAAUCUAUCAGAUGGGAAUUACUCCCUUAUUCGCGCCCUGUGCGAUGUAAUGUUCGACAUCGACGACAUUGGAAGCGAAUCAUCCUCUUCCGCAGACUUGGAUUUCGAUGGCGAGGACAGCCUUGACACAAUCAAUCGGGAAUACUUCGUUGAUGUCGCUGCAUCGCGUCGUUCCCUGAUGGCGAAUCUACAGCUCCGAAUGGCAGCGGAUAAGCCCAUUGCCCCAGCCCAUAUGCAUGGUCACCGCCUCAGCUCACAUGGGUCAAUUCGUCGGGACACGAAUGGGAAAAGGAUGCUCAAUAAACGCGCUAGGUCAGAAAUGGUAUUGCCCAAGUAUAUCGCACAGAGUUACGAGGAUGCUUUUCCCGCUGACCCCAGCAACUGGGCCGCGAACAACACCUCGCCGUUUGCUGAGGCUUUCCAGGAAGAGCUAGACCGGGAGAAGGUGCGUCGUGCUUAUCAGCGACUCAAAGCGAUAUGCGAGGAGGGCAUUAAAGCUCGUUCUCGUGCGGUUCCCCCCAAGGAGAAUGUGGUCGCUCAGGUCGCUCAGGUCCCGCCGGCGAAAGAAAAUGUGACUCCCUUAAAACAGAAACGCCGUAGCUUAAGCGUUAAUUGUACUGGAAAACAAGCUGCGGCAAUGAUCAUGGAGGCGCUGAUGAAGAGUAGAAAUGAAGACCCCGUGUCUGAUGUCCAAGAGAAAGAGAAACCAAUUGUUAUUGAGAGAGAGCCUAUGGCUGAUGAGCAGGUUGACAAUGAGAAACUGAAUGAAUGGAGCAGCUUCUAG